CCAUAUAUUAUUACCUUUCGGAGGACCACAGCCCUCAACCGAAAAAUAACCCUCUUUUUACGUUCUCAGAGGUUAACACCCAAAACUGAGUCAAACACGCCAUCUUCCUUUUGUAACUCAGAACUCGGCUCUGUCUCCUGCAACUCAGACACCACUCCCAUGGGGUACCCUGCAACUCAGAACCUGUUACCAAUAAGAUUCCGACACGCCACCGCCUCUGAUCCCCUCCAUCAUCAAUCACAAUCUCUUCUUUUUUACAGGUUGGUACGUUUCUGAAUUUCUAAUGUUAUACUAUAUGAAUAAAUGCAAUAGUUACAAAUAAUAGAGAUGACAACGCCGUACAGUCAUGGUUUUGGGAUGACAUCAUCAUCACCACCGUCGUGACCCCCACGCCCUCUCAUUGUCUAAUCAGGCGGCGGCUAUCUACUUCCUUUUUUUUUGAGAAAAAAAAAGGUUCGUGGAACCCACUUCUUUUAAAGCUGGUUUCUCAGAUAUUCAUGUGUGUAUCCAUUCUUGUAACUCCACCGUUGAUAAUAAUCCAACGGUGGAGAGCCAACAUGGCAGUCAAUUGCUAUAUAUAAACAUGAGGUGGUCGUGCCGUCCAACCGACGAUUACGGGUGACUGCGUGGGUCCCCCAUGCACUUCCUUUCUGUUCUCUCUCCCCUUUCUAUAAAGUUUGCUUUUUUAUUUUUUAUUUUCCCUGUUCCUUUGCUUCGCUUCCUCUCAUGGCGUCUUCAAGAGAAGGACACUACAGGGGUGUGAGGAAGCGGCCAUGGGGUCGUUACGCUGCGGAAAUACGUGACCCUUGGAAGAAAACUAGGGUUUGGUUGGGUACGUUUGACACUCCUGAAGAAGCUGCGCUAGCUUAUGAUGGUGCAGCUCGCUCUCUCCGUGGAGCUAAGGCCAAAACCAACUUCCCUUCGCCAGCUACUGGUCUCUCUCUCGACCUCAACUCCCCAUCUAAUUCUCACCAUCACUGGAGCUCAGCUGCUGGACACCGCUUCGCCUUCGGUGAGUUCCUGCAAACUGGGUCUCUUAAAGAGAUAAGCUUUAACGAGGAGGCCCCAGGGUCAGUUAAAAAUAAUGGUCCUGUUUCUGGUGCUAGUGCUGCUUCUCCGGUGCUGGAAACUGGCGUUCAACAGUCAGUUUUGGGGAUUGUGCGACGUGGAUUGCCUAUAGAUUUGAACGAACCUCCACCGUUGUGGCUGUGAUGUUUACUUAACAACUCUUGGCUAUGAGCUCAGUGACUUUCUUGUAGGGCAUUUUCGGGUUGGUAUUAACCUUUAUUUUUCUUUAUUUAAUCUCCCUUUUUCAUCUCUUUAUCUCUGUUUUAAAGAGGAGCUGCAUAUCAAUAUUAAAAACAAAACUGAGUGCUUUUGUACAUA